AUGGAAAAUGAAUCUCGUGACAGGGGAAAUGAAGAUGAUAAUGCAGAAAUAAGUUUGAAACCAAGAAGCCUUCCACCUGCACACUACAUUUUUAAGAUCAAAAAUUUCUCGUUGCUAUCCAAUGCAAAGGUGGAUAGCUUCCAAUCUGCUCAUUUUGAUGUUGGGGGCUAUACAUGGAAGUUAUCUGUGUAUCCUCGAGGAAACAAAAAAAGAAAUGGAGAGGGAUACAUAUCACUGUAUCUUGUCCUCACCAAAUCCAACAAGCUCGCUUUUAAUCAAGAGGUUAAUGUAAGUUUCAAGCUGUUCGUUUAUGAUUUUGUUCACGACGAAUACUUGACUGUUCAAGAUGCUAGUUAUGCUCAGUUCAAAUCAAGUCAGAAGACCAUGGGUUUUCCAGACUUUAUGCCUCUCAUUGAUCUGAAUGACAUCUCCAAGGGCUUUAUAUCUAGUAAUACUUUGGUGGUCGAAUUAGAAAUUCAAGCCAUGACUGAGUGGAAUUCAUUUCAAUGCAACGUAAACAAAGCCAAACUAGCGGCUCUGAUUUUUGGUGCAAUAAAUCAGCUUGAAGGAAUUUAUUCUUUUCAAAUAAGAGCUGCUCACCAAAUAGUUUCACGAGCAACUCUUCUGCAUAGAUUCCCUGCCAUUUGGCAGGGAAUCUUGACUAGCUUUAAUGCUGGUUCAACAACCAGCAUUAAAGCUGGUCAAAAAAUAAGUUGGAAGCUAAGAAGCCUUCCACCUGCACACUACAGUUUUAAAAUUGAAAAUUUCUCUUUGCUUUCCGAUGCAAAAGCCGAGUUUUUCCAUUCUGCUGAUUUUGAAGCUGGGAGCUAUAACUGGUUAGUUAGUGCUUCAUUUAUUUUUCAAGCUAGCCUUUUCUCUCCAAAUCCAACCAAAGCGGUUAAUGUAACUUUCAAGCUCUUCGUUUAUGAUUAUAUUUGUGACAAGUACUGUAAUGUUCAAGAUGAGAAAGUCAGGCGGUUUUGUGGAAUUAGAAGAGAAUGGGGAUUUGAUAAACUCGUUUCUCUCACUGAUUUCAAAGAUAAAUCCAAUGGAUACUUAAUGGAGGAUUGUUGCAUUUUUGGUGCUGAGAUUUUUGUCAUAGAAAAUGGCAGUAAAGAAGAAUGCUUCUCCAUGUUGAAGACGCCUGCAAACAAUACCUAUACAUGGACAAUUGAAAAUUUUUCAGAAUUGAACUUAUUAGAAUUUACCAAUUCCAAAGUGUUUGCCAUUGGUGGCAGUAUAUGGAGCUUAGAUCUUUAUCCAAAAGGGGAUUCAAGAGCGAAAGGCAAAAGCCUAGCCAUGUUUUUAAAACUAGAGGAUCAUGCAAGAUUUGAGCAUGGAAGAAAGCUGUAUGCAGAAUUCCCCUUACGAGUACUAAUCAUCAGUUCGAUUCUAAUGAGCAGACAUGGGGUUCUUCAAAAUUUAUCUCUUGUUAAUCUUAAUGACGAAAAGAAGGGCUUUUUACACUAUUUUGGUGGUUGA